AUGACGACGGAGAGCGUGAAACGGAAGGCGAGCGAGGAGCCGUCGUCGCCCUCCGCGGCGAAGCGUCUCAAGAAUGAGGCGGGCGAGCCCGAAAAGAAACCGGUGAUGAAGCCCAUCCCGUUUCCCGAGAAGCCGGCUGUUAUCGAGGAGCGCAACGGCGAGAUUGAGUUCCGGGUAGUCAACAACGACAACGAACGCGAGAGCCUCAUCAUCCUGACAGGUCUCAAAUGUAUUUUCCAAAAGCAACUGCCAAAGAUGCCCAAGGACUACAUCGCACGUCUGGUGUACGACCGCACCCACCUGUCCAUCGCGAUCGUCAAGAAGCCCCUCGAGGUGGUUGGCGGCAUCACAUACCGGCCCUUCAAGGGUCGCCAAUUCGCCGAAAUUGUUUUUUGCGCCAUCUCCUCGGAUCAACAAGUCAAGGGGUACGGCGCGCAUCUCAUGUCCCAUCUGAAAGACUACGUAAAAGCCACAUCCGAUGUGAUGCACUUUCUUACCUAUGCGGACAACUAUGCGAUUGGGUACUUCAAGAAGCAAGGGUUUACAAAGGAAAUCACGCUUCCAAAGUCGGUAUGGAUGGGUUAUAUCAAGGACUACGAGGGCGGAACCAUCAUGCAGUGCAGCAUGCUGCCCAAGAUACGAUAUCUGGAGAUGGGACGCAUGCUUCUUAAGCAAAAGGAAUGUGUCCACGCCAAGAUACGCGCUUAUUCAAAGUCUCACGUCGUCCAUCAACCGCCUAAGCAGUGGAAGACGGGCAACGUGGAGCCGAUCGACCCCCUGUCAAUAGAGGCCAUCCGGGCCUCUGGGUGGUCGCCCGACAUGGACGAGCUCGCCCGGCAGCCGCGCCACGGGCCCAACUACAACCAGCUGCUGCACCUGCUCAACGACCUGCAAAACCACCAGAGCGCCUGGCCGUUCCUGGUGCCCGUCAACAAGGACGACGUGGCCGAUUACUACGAGGUCAUCAAGGAGCCCAUGGACCUCAGCACCAUGGAAUCCAAGCUUGAGGCCGACCAGUACGCCACGCCCGAGGACUUCAUCCGCGAUGCGAAGCUCAUCUACGACAACUGCCGUAAAUACAACAACGAGAGCACGCCGUACGCCAAGAGCGCAAACAAGCUGGAAAAGUACAUGUGGCAGCAGAUCAAGGCCAUCCCAGAGUGGUCGCACCUUGAGCCCUAG